AUGCCUGUCAACCCCAACGCGCCUAAGGUGUCUUGGAGUGAGAUAGCCAAGGGCUAUUUCCAACGACCUAUUGGCGAAAAUGAGCAACUCGUCAAGAUUGUCGGGGAUACCGGUGCUCCCAUUCGACGCGAGCACUGGGCAAUCAACACAGAAGUCUCCUUUCGUCACACGGCAUCGACAUCCCAAGAGCAAUUCAUAGCGCAACUGAAAGAUGCUUGGCAGACGCUUCGAUUCCACCAUCCGGCUAUUGCAGCGAUUGCGGGAGCUCAGUAUAUCGGAUACACCGUGCCCGACGCAAAUGCAUUGCAGCAGUGGUAAUCUGAGACAUUUUUCGUUCAGAAAGGUGUGAGUCCGGCUGAUGUUGCUGCCGGCCAUCAGCCUACUCCAUAUGCCAUCCUCCAUUAUUUUCCGGAAAAGAGCAAGAUCUUGCUCCACAGCUCUCACUGGCGUUUGGAUGGAAUUGGUGUAAUGCAACUUCUGGAUCACUUACUUCAGCUUGCUGGCUCGGAGAAACCGUUGCCAGACCCGAGUGACCUGGCAUGGGGAGAGGAGCCAUCACGUCUAACAAUAGCUGCAGAAGACGCAACGGGUUCACCGAGGGAAGCGACUGAAGGUAUCAAAGCGGUAGCAAGCAAGUAUGUCAAGUCCUCCGUGGAAGCGACGGGCGGUGUGGGCGUCGAAUGCCUAGCGGCCAAGGAGACCGUCCCUGCUGGAACACGUACGGUUGGCUUUGCCUUCUCGAAAACCAACACCAAAGCCAUCAUAGCCGCAUGCAAGACUCGCCAGAUCAGCGUGACUUCGGCAGUGCACGCCUCGAUUGCAGCAACAAACUGGGCCUUCGCACCUUCAGACGGAAAGUCAAGACACUACACCAGCACCAUCCGGAUUGGUCUGCGUCCUUACUUACCCGAACCGUAUUGCACGUCUGCGUACGCCGCCGCAAACUACUCCACAGGCUAUUCAGUAGCCCUGCAAGCCGGCAAAGGCUUCGAAACAAAUUCGCAAGCAGUCAACAAAAUGUACCGCGCAGGCCUCAGCGACGAUUUCCUACACGUCCUGCGACAGUACUUCAUCAACAUUCAGAAACUCGUCAAGCAGACUCCCCCGUGGGAAGACUCUCCGCCGCUCUCGAGCGAUGUGGAUAUUAGCAGUAUCGGAGUGCUUGACGGAAAACUCCUGGCCCAUCGCCAUGGAAAUAUCGAGAUUGAAAGCGUGAUGCUGCAGACGGAGGUCCUGACUCGGCAGAUGGGAUGUUUUGUCUGGACGUUUAGAGGGAAGUUGAAUCUGAAUUUGGCGUAUAAUGAAGCCUUCUAUGGGCGCGAUGUGCCUGAGAACUUUUUGGAGAAAUUGAAAGGCACGCUUUUGGGCGAGCUCGGGGUGAAAGAGUAG